AUGUAUUAUUUACUCGCACCCAUCCUGCUCUGCCUGGGCUUUUUGGCCACAACAUCAACUGCCGACUGCCCCUUGGCAUCCCUCACCACCGCAUCAAACACUUACACUGAAGCCCAAGCCGCCGGAGACCCGGCUACCGUCCAAGCCUUGGGAGCGUCGACCUUAACAUACACGGAAAACUUCAAUCCAUCUACCCUCGCAACGGGCAUCCUUUCUCAGCCCCUCAAGCUCGACCACAACCGCAGCACUCACGAUACAGUCAACUGUGCCACCUUCACCGAGCUCAUCGUCACCAAUGAGGCACACCCCUACGUAAUUGCCUCGCAGCUGAGUUUUGACAACUCUACCGCCACCCCUACACUCAAUAAAAUCGAGACAAUCAUCACCGACUCCAACGAUUGGCUUUUCAACGCCACCGGCACGCUGUACUGGGCCAGCCGGGAAACCUGGACCCCGAUCCCGGAGGCGCAACGCGACACCCGGGCCACGAUCCAGGCGGCUGCUGAUGCAUACUGUGACCUAUUCAACGAUAAGAGUGUGGUCGUACCGUGGGGAACACCGUGUGCCAGGUUAGAGGGAGGGGCGUACACAGGAACGGGGUCGGCAACGGACCGGUGCGAUGUGGGCGUGCCAGAUGGGGUGCCGAUUACGAAUCGGAGGUAUGUGAUUGAUGAGAGCUUUGGGACGGUGGAUGUGUUCAAUACGUUUGCGGGGAAUGUUCCGGACAGCCAUGAAUUCAGGAUUGAAGGGGGGAAGAUUCGAUAUGUCCAUACCUUGAGUGUCACUGGGACGUAG